CCUUCUUUCGGUAGCAGAAAAAGGAGACCGUAGGUCGCUGGAUUUUGGAAGUGGCCAGAGUUUACUGUCGUCAAUAUGCAGCGGUUGCUUUCACCGCCCCUGAAGGCCUUGACCGGGAGCCGGUGUCUGCGGCCUCUGGUUCCCAGGGCGGCGCCUGGAGCACAGUGUGGUUGCAGCUGUGGCAUGAGGCGCCCUUUGAGGCCAGGGCAAUACAGCACUAUCUCCGAGGUAGCUUUGCAAUCUGGAAGGGGCACAAUGUCCCUUCCCUCAAAGGCUGCUGGGCGAAUGGUGGGGCGAUGGCUCCUGGUCUGCAGUGGAACAGUGGCUGGAGCAGUUAUUCUUGGUGGUGUAACUAGGUUGACAGAGUCUGGCCUCUCGAUGGUAGAUUGGCAUUUAAUAAAGGAGAUGAAGCCACCUACAAGCCAAGAGGAAUGGGAAGCAGAAUUCCAAAGAUACCAGCAAUUUCCAGAAUUUAAAAUGUCUCGCAUAUAUCCUGCCUGCUGCCUACUUUUGGAGAAAGGGCUGGCUGAGCCGUAACAUGAAAGGACGUGUUCUUGCCCUCUGUGGCUUAGUCUGCUUCCAGGGUCUUUUGGGAUGGUAUAUGGUGAAAAGUGGAUUAGAAGAAAAACCAGACUCUCAUGACAUCCCUCGAGUCAGCCAGUAUCGCCUUGCCGCUCACCUGGGAUCAGCCCUUGUUCUUUAUUGCGCCAGCUUGUGGACCUCGCUGUCUCUGCUGCUCCCUCAGCACAAGUUGCCUGAAACUCGUCAACUCCUAUGGCUGAGACGAUUUGCUCAUGGAACAACAGGUCUGGUGUUUCUUACAGCUCUCUCAGGGGCUUUUGUGGCAGGGUUGGAUGCUGGGCUUGUAUACAACUCUUUCCCCAAAAUGGGAGAAUCCUGGAUCCCAGAGGACCUCUUUACCUUCUCCCCCAUCCUGAGGAAUGUUUUUGAGAAUCCCACCAUGGUGCAGUUUGACCACCGGAUUCUGGGAAUCACUUCAGUCACUGCCAUUACAGCUCUCUACUUUCUUUCCCGGAGAAUUGCCCUGCCUAGAAGGACCAAGGUGGCAGCAGUGACUCUGCUGGCUUUGGCAUAUACACAGGUGGGCUUGGGCAUUAGCACUCUCCUGAUGUAUGUUCCAACUCCUUUGGCUGCCACUCACCAGUCAGGCUCCUUGGCUCUGCUCAGUAGCGCCCUUUGGCUCAUGAACGAACUCCGAAGAGUCCCAAAAUAAUCCUCAGAGGAUCAGCUUCCUAGGACUGAAACUGUGCUUUUGAGAGUUUAUCAGAGUAUAAGAACAUGGACUUUCCUACCAGGAUAACCAUGGCAUACCAAGUGGUUUCCAAAUUGGACAAGUUAAUUAAAACUCUUUGCCUGUUUUGAGAUAGCCAUCAGAUCAAGAAUGGCAUUAAGUAUGGUUACACUAAAAGUUCCUUUUUGAAUCUGUUACUUUUCACAUUGAAAAAUAAUUGUCUGCCAUUUGUGGCUCUUAAUAGGCUCUGUCUCAGGUUUCUUAAUAUUGGCAAAUUCUUGGUUUUACAUGCAUGAUUUCUGUUUCCUUGUUCUCCUAAGUUCUGAAUUCUGCUUAAAUAGAAUUUCUUUAUGAUCUUAACUUCAUUCCCAACAGAAUGAAGCUUCAAAGGGGGCUUUGGGAGAUCCUAAAGUAGCCAGGUAUCCUGUAGCAAAAAAGUAGCUAAUGACUUCUAGCAUCCUGACUUUUAAAAAUGGGACAUCAGGCCCAGUGUGGUGGCUCAUGCCUAUACUCCUAGCACUCUGGGAGGCCAAGGUGGG